AUGAGAAGCAUUGCCAGACUAUAAGGUAGAAUCAAUAAGCGAUUGAGGAAAUAUCGCCAAGAUAGAAUCACUAAUGAAUCAUCUUUCAAUAAAAAUGAAAUCUUGGCUUAGUUCUAUUAAAAAAAAGCUACUCCCUUAGCUUAAGCAAAUGAAGCCGCUGAAACUGGAGUUCCAUCAAGCAUUUCUGCAGGCAUCAUAAACCUUAAAAAAGAAUUAACACCAAAAGAGGCUUUGUAAUAAGUCAAAACAAUCUCAAAGGAGAGAAAGUUUAAGGAAUCUGUUGAAGCAAUCAUUAGAUUGGCUGUUGACCCCAAACAAGGAACUUAAAACAUCAGAGGAACUUGCAUAUUACCAGCAGGAACAGGUAAAACAGCAAAAAUUUGUGUCUUUGCAGACAAGAGUCUAGAGAGAUAAGUAGUAGAAGCUGGUGCAGACAUUUUCGGUAACGAUGAAGUACUAAGACAAAUAUCCGAGGGAAAAUUAGAUUUUGAUAAGUUAAUUGCUACUUAAGAGUAGAUGGGAGUGCUAAGAUCAUUUGCUAAGAUUCUAGGACCUAAAGGACUUAUGCCUAACUUAAAGAGUGGCACCUUAGUUAAGCCAGAUGCUUUGAUUGAAACAAUAAAAAUCUCUAAACAAGGACAGAUUGAGUUCAGAGUAAAUGAGUAUGCAGAUAUCAUGGUUAAGAUUGGAUUGAGAGAAUUCGAAACAGACAGUCUUUUCUAAAACUUCGACGCUUUCGCAAAAGCUCUAGCUUCUAAGAAGCCUGAGUCAAUUAAAGGUAAAUAUUUUGUAAGGGGUUAUGUAAAGUCAUCUAUGGGGCCAACAGUAAAAGUCGAUCUCUCAGAAUAUCAAAGAAUGCUCCAAGAUUGA